AUGGAGACUCGCCAAAUCAUUCGGUCCAUAAUUCACCUGUCCUCCUCCCGCCGCUAUCUCCUCCGCCCCAGUCAUUUCUCCUGCUCCUCCGCAUCAAUUACCUCCGUCGCAAGACCGCUCAGCACCUCACCACCCCGUAAUGCCUCCGGACAGGCCACCCCAGCCUCGAUUGCAGAAUCCGAAGAGAUAUCUGAAAACAAAUCAACCUCCUCCCACAAACAACCCCAAUUGCAAGAACGCUUUAAUAUUCCCAUUAAACCCUGGCCGCCGGGAGUUGUAGAAUCAAAAAGCUCCACCAGCAGCAGCAGCAACGAUGACAAACUUACCCUUGUCACAGAAGUCCUAGAAAACUUCAUACCACGCUCCAACCAACCCCGACAAUCCACCAACCCUUUCGAACCGCGAACAUCUCAAGAUGAAGCCAUGUACAGACAGGUGCGCGAGGGCCUCGGCCAAUCGCAGAAGUCACGCGUGCCCACCAUCAACUUGCGCCUAGGUCCAGAGCUGGGCCGUUCGGUGUCUGUGGAUCCGAACGCCGGUAUCGAUGUCGCGGCGGCGUUCCAGAUGAUGGAGACGAGAGUUCGGAGGAAUAGGGUUAAGUCUAUGAUGAUGAAGCAGCGGUUUCAUGUGAGGAGGGGUCAGUUGAAGAAGGAGUUGAGAAGGGAGAGGUGGCGGAGAUUGUUUAAGAUGUCGUUUCAGCAUACGUUGAGGAGGUGUGAGCAAUUGAGGAAGCAGGGGUGGUAG